ACACAUAUUGGUUGUUUCAAAUAUCAAUCUAUUAACCUAGACCACGUUGCGAGAAACCAUCGAAUCUGAAAUUUUUCAAAUGAAUUGGCUUCGCGCGAAAUAUUCGCCAACAAAGAUACCGGCAAAUCGCGUGCGAAAGUACUGAAAUUGAAAUCGAUUCGGAAUAAUGAAUUUUACGGAGCAUUACAGAGCGAGAACCCUCGCGUUCGUCGUGCCCUCGAGCGAGGGUUCGGCCUCGGGAUGGAAAGGAUACGCUAUUCGCGCUACGGCGCUCGCGGUUGGAUUCGGCCUCUACAUAUUGCUCGUUAAACGGAAGGACUGGUCCGACAGAAUUUGGAGCGUAUUUAGACGUCGAGACGCCUCGAUCGAGCCGCGCGAUAAUUCGACUAACGAAGUAAAGGAAGUCAACAGCAGCAACAACAACAGAUCCGUAAUAACGUAUAACGGCGAGGUGUGUCCGAUCUGCCUGGGAACGCCGAAAAUCGGCGUUAAGGCUCCUUGCGGUCAUUUGCUGUGCGCGGAAUGUUUGGCGAGUUACUGCGACGUUAGACUUGCACCUGCGCCACCACCUUGUCCAUUAUGCAGAGCGCCACUGAAUUCAGUGGCCUUGGCCUGCGAUUUUGCUAUUUUAGGUCCCAAGAUGCUGGAUCCGAACACGAUCAUGGUGCAGAAUUGGAUACGCGAGUACAACAAUCAAGGUGGCCUUAUGACGUCGGUACGACCGUUUCUGAUGACGCGAAUCACUCUUUUGUUCAACAUCUUGACGCUCUUUCUGAUUCUCGGACUGAUCGCCGUGAGACUCCAGAUUUUAACCGAGAAUUUCACUUGAAAAUUGUCUCAUUUAUUAUUGUAUCAAAUGACCUGUGAAAAAUUUGUCACAUUAAACAAAUUUGAAAAAAAAAACCUAAAAUGUAACUCACAUGUACGUAUUUGUAUACAAUAUACGUGAUAAAUAUUACAAUCCGCAACUCAACUGCGCGCAAAAUGCCUUCUUGGGAAAAUUGAACGUGUUUGUAUUAUUGUAUCGAUAUCGUAUUACCUAAUCAUAUAUGCUU